AUGAGGAAGAUUGUGCUCACGCACACCGGGCAUUGCGGGAACCAGAUCGGCACCAAGUUCUGGGAGGUGAUCUCUGAUGAACAUGCCAUCGACUCCGCUGGCAACUACCACGGGGACAGCGACCUGCAGCUGGAGUACUCCAAAGUGUACUACAACGAGGUCAGCGGAGGUGGCAGGUAUAUGCCCCGCUCUGUGCUCAUGGAUCUGGAGCCGGGCACCAUGGACUCUGUGCGGUUGGGGCCCUUCGGGCAGAUCUUCAGGCCAGACAACUUCAUCUUCAGUCAGAGUGGGGCCGGAAACAACUGGGCCAAAGGAUACUAUACAGAAGGCACAGAGCUGAUGGAGUCAGUGAUGGAAGUUGUCAGAAAGAAGGCUGAGAGCUGUGACUACCUGCAGGGUUUCCAACUGGCCCUCUGCCUGGGUGGGCGGACUAGGUCUGGGAUGGGUACCCUUCUCAUUAAUAAGAUCUGGGAGGAGUAUCCAGACAGGAUCAUAAACACAUUUAGCAUUCUGCCCUCGCCCAAGGUGUCAGACAACAUGGUAGAGCCCUAUAAUGCCAUCCUCUCAGUCCACCAGCUCAUAGAAAAUGCGGAUGAGACCUUUUGCAUAGAUAAUGAAGUGGUAUAUGACAUAUGUUCCAGGACCCUAGAACUGCCCACACCCACCUAUGGUGACCUGAACCACCUGGUGUCUGCUACUGUGAGUGGGGUCACCACGUGCCUGCGCUUCCCAGGCCAGCUGAAUGCUGACCUGCAGAAGCUGGCCGUGAACAUGGUCCCGUUUCCCCAGCUGCAUUUCUUCAUGCCUGGCUUUGCCCCACUGACAAGCCGAGGCAGCCAGCAGUACGGGGCCUUGACCGUGGCUGAGCUUACUCAGCAGAUGUUUGAUGCUAAGAACAUGAUAGUUGCCUGUGACCCCUGUCAUGGCCGCUACCUAAUGGUGGCUGACAUUUUCAGGGGUCGCAUGCCCAUGAGGGAGGUGGAUGAACAAAUGUUGAACAUUCAAAAUAAAAACAGCAGCUACUUUGCUGACUGGCUACCCAACAACGUGAAAACAGCCAUCUGUGACAUCCCACCCCGGGGGCUAAAAAGGUCAGCCACUUUCAUUGGGAAUAAUAUGGCCAUCCAGGAACUCUUCAAGCAUGUCUCAGGGCAGUUUACAGCGAUGUUCAAGGGCAAGGCCUUCCUCCACUGGUACACGGACGAGGGCAUGGAUGAGACUGAAUUCGCCGAGGCUGAGAGCAACAUAAACGACCUGGUGUCUGAAUAUCAGCAACAUCAGGAUGCCAAGGCCAAGGAGGAGGAGGAGUUUGAGGAGUAUGCUGAGGAGGAGGUGGCCUAG